AUGGUACGCAUUUGGGGCGCCCUUCUUCUUAGCUUGGGUGCUAGUCAUGUGGCUGCGCAGGACUCUCAGAUACCGCUGGUGCCAGCUCUGAGCGGCUCCGGGCUUCUUCAGUUUUCAAAUAACUCCACGGGGGAGCCCGUGGAUGCUGGAAAAUACCGAACCAUCAGUUUGGACGACAUUGUUCCUAUCGCUGACGCUGAUGGGAAUGUCAAGUGCUGUCCCCGAGGCACGGUCUCCAGCGGACAGGAGUGCAUCUUCCCUAAUAUUCCUAUCUGUCCAGAGGGCACCGCGCUUGACGGAGCCGUCUGUGUUACUGCUCCUCGCUGCCCCAUAGGUCUUCAGUUUGAUGGCCAUAUUUGUAUCUCCGUCGGACCCCCAAUGUGCCCGCCUGGCUCGAUUUUCGAUAGUAAUCUAUGUGUGGCUAACCAAAACCCCUCGUGUCCGCCUGGCUUCACUUAUCAGGGUGGAAGGUGUGUCUUGGAUAGCACUGCUUCUUGUCCUCCUGGAUUCAAGCUGAAAGGCAGCAUGUGUGUUUCCAUCCAGACACCCUCUUGUCCGGAUGGAUUGAGCUUCGACGGUACAUCCUGUGUCGACUCUAGGCCGCCAACCUGUCCCCCAGGAACUUUGCUGGUCGGCGGCCUCUGCGCCUCUCAAUACGAACCUUCCUGCCCUCCCGGGUCCCGGUACCACGAAAACGCUUGUUUAUCAAGUGAGCGGCCUGCAUGUCCUCCAGCCACCGCGUUUGACGGCGGAGUCUGCCGCUCUGAGGGGCCCGCCAACUGUCCUCCUGGGUCGACCCUCGAUGGCAAUAUCUGUCGCUCAACAACGCCCCCUUCGUGUCCCCCCGGAUCCAGCUUUGACGGGUCCCUUUGCUCCUCGUCUCAAGGCCCCAUCUGCCCCCCGGGUCAGAGUCUGUCAUUGGGGGGACAAAGCGGCCAAGUCAGCUGCUGUGUGACUGGCCUUACCUGGGACGGCUCAACCUGUGUCCUUGUUCCUAACAAUCCUAACGCCUGUCCCUUCGGAACUCACUACGAUGGCCAUAGAUGUGUCUUCACACCAACGGUGGAGCCUUCUUGCCCCCCUGGAACCGCCUUAAGAGACGGACAGUGCUACACUACCACCAGUCCUUCAUGUCCCCCGGGUACAACAUUCAAUGGCAAGGUCUGUGUGACCACUGACUUGCCUUCUUGCCCCCCAGGAUUUACCUUUGAUGGAAGAAGAUGUGUCCACUCUUUGCAACCGUCGUGCCAGCCUGGGGCUGCGCUGAGCGGCAACCAUUGUAUCUCUAAUACUUCGCCUUCCUGUCCUCCAGGCACCACUCUGACAGUUGAUAUUUGCGUGAGCAUGGAGCGUCCAACAUGCCCGCCUGGAUCCACCCUCAUCGACAAAGCAUGUGUAUACCCCCAGCAUCCGGAAUGUCCACCGGGAUCCACGCUAAAUGGUGAGGAUUGUGUGACUGGUAGACCACCUUCGUGCCCUCCUGGGACCAUUUUUGAUGGUUCUGCCUGCGUCACUAGCGACCGACCAAGUUGCCCCCCGGGAUUCUCCUUCAAUGGCAAUUCAUGUGCCUCUGAGCAACAGCCGUCAUGUCCUCCGGAUACCACUUUCGAUGGCCAUAAGUGCGUCUCGAGCCAUCGACCCACUUGCCCUCCUAGCACGGCUUUUGAUGGAACAUCCUGCACCUCAAACACGCAGCCCAUUUGCCCACCGGGUCUGAUUUUUGAUGGUAACACCUGUGUCCACGAAGGCCGCCCGGCCUGCCCUCCUGGCACCACCUUUGAUGGAACUACGUGUGUUUCUGUCGAGAGCCCCACUUGCCCGCCUGGUACCACAUUUGACGGAAACGACUGUGUGGCCAAGAGCCGACCCAGCUGCCCGCCUGGCACUCAGUUCAACGGGGCUGUCUGUGUAGGUGUCGAGCUUCCCGGCUGCCCUCCCGGAAACCGCUUUGAUGGGCGACAGUGCAUAACCGAAUCCCAACCGUCGUGCCCGCCCGGACAGGUCAUGGUCAACAACACUUGCCAGCACAAGGAAAGUCCGAACUGUCCUCCGGGAACGGCCUUCGACGGAACCAGAUGUAUUGUUGUUGUCCAGCCCGAGUGCUUUAACCUCAGCGUCUGCCCUUCCACUGGUCCUUUUGGUCGGAAUUCGGUGUAG